AUGUCAGCGAAUGUCACGCCAUUGAAGCGAUCCGCGGCAGAGGCUAGCCUGGACACCCCGCGGAAUGACGAUGAAUCCGUCGUUGAGCCCGACAUCAAGGCGCCCACGCCGAGGGUGUCGAAGGCUCGUGCUUGCGCCGAGUGCAAGCGACACAAGAUCAAAUGCGAGGUGAAACCUGGCGAGACGAGCUGUACGAAAUGCCGCCGUAGCGGGAUAAAGUGUGUUGUCAAUGAUUUUUCGCAAAAGUUUGUGGACGACGAUUUGGCUUGGAAAGCUCAAGCAACAUCUACGAUAAAGCAACUGCAGACUGCUGUUUCCCAUCUCCUCCGUCACAAUGGUCUCCCCGAUCUCACAAGUUUCCCUACACCAGAAAUCAACGCCGACCGCAGCCCGGAAACUGUAAAUGUCCCCAGUGUUCGCCGACCGUCUGACUCUCAUGACCACAAACGAUUACACGUGGGCUCGGCCGCUGGUAUUGACGGGCAGCUAAUGACCAGAGAGAAUUCUCAGGAUGCAAAUCUGGAGGAGCCGGAGAUUGUUUCGGCGCCAAUGCGCAGUCUGUACGAAGUCACCAAAUUGCGAAACUUCGGAAACAACAUGGUCGAGAAACCCAAGUCGACAUUGCUGGAAGAGGACUUUAUAUCUCGGGGCCACGUAUCGCUGCACGAAGCGCAAGAGUUGUUUGCGUAUUUCAGUCGGACGAUGAACCAACUACUCUGGGGCGGCAUUGUCGUUCCUCAUGGAGACCUGACAUCUGUGCGACGAGCAUCAACGCUACUCCUGACGGCUGUGUUGACAGUAGCUGCGCUACAUAUUCCCAAUCGGACAGAGACGCUCAAUACUUGCUACAAUGAAUACGUGUCGCUGGUAUCUAGCAUGGCUUUGACACGGUCGCAUACACUGGAUGAUAUCCGAGGGCUUUGCGCGGGCGCAUUCUGGCUGUCGGACCUUAGUUGGAAGCUGUCUGGGCAUGCUGUUCGCAUUGCGACGGAGAUGGGCCUGCAUCAGAGCUUUCAGAAGAUGACUCGCGGGCAGAGCGGUCAAUAUCAGUACGAACGAGCCCAGCUGUGGUAUCUGCUAUACGUGUGCGAUCACCAUUACAGCAUCGCGUACGGACGCCCUCCGGUAAUUCACGACGACAGUUCAAUCAAGAACUACGAAGUUUUCCUACAGUCUCGAUAUGUUGUGCCAGGCGAUAUUCGGUUAAUGGCGCAAGUUGCUCUCUUUUUCAUACUGACUCAAGCUUAUCACACCUUUGGCUCCGACGCCGAGCAACCUCUUCGAGAGGAAGACUUUGGUCAACUACGCGUUUACAAUGUAGCAGUUGACCAGUGGCGGCUUCUUUGGCAGCCUCGAUCAGCCGACAGCCCAUAUGUCCGUACCUAUCCUUCCAAGGGCGUGGUCUUGCACUACCAUUUUGCCAAAUUUCAACUGAAUUCGCUCGCGCUUCGAGCCCUAUCGCCGACCAACACGCCGGUCUUCUCCAUGGAUCGCAAAGAAUGCGCCAAUGCCGCGAUUUCAGCGGCCAUGGCAUGUCUGACUAUGGUCCUAGAAGAACAAGACGUGCGCGACGCAAUUGUCGGAGUCCCUAUUUUCACUCAUACAAUGGUCACGUUCUCGGCAGUUUUCCUGCUCAAAGUCGCCGUGAAUUGGAAUUCGGCUUAUUUGAAUAUCGAUGGACGGCAAGUCCGGCACACAGUUGAAAGAGUGAUUGAGUUGAUGAACUGUGUCAGUGCUGGUGAAAGGCAUCUUACUCGCCAUAUUGCUCGGGGCCUCGGCAAAAUGCUUGAUCGGUUCAACGCGUGGGACGGCUGGUAUGCUAAUCGUCGCCAUCAUCACGAGAAUCCUUCUGGAAGCGUUGGCAAUGGCAUCACCAGCGGUUAUGAUGGGACUACUUCCGCCGCCAUGACCAGCAACAACACCAAUAAUAACAAGAGUAAUGGCCUACACACCUCUUCUUCCACAAUCCACACCGACAAUAACAUCAACAACAUCGGCACAGCCAACACCGGUGGAAGACGUCGUUCCAUCCCCGGGGGCGCAAAUGCCAUGGCUCAAGGAUUUCCACCCCCAGAUCUAAUCUACGAUAUGGUUGGUACAUAUGGCUUUGGAUUGGACGAGCAGUUGAUGGAUCCCAGUAUACCGGGAUUUGAAUUUCUAUCACAAUGA